CAAAUGGUCUUAAACUAUAGAAUAACAUUUUCAUGAUUCUCGGUCAAAGUCAAAGAUUCUUUAAUAAGGAGACGAAGAGAAACACAAUCUUCGUGGAUUGUUCGAAUAAUUAGAUCAAAUUAGAGACUGUGAAUUAUUUGCUCAAAUCACAUGCGCUCGUGUACAAGGCGGAGUUAGGGUUCCGGCGGGGUAAUCGAUGGAGGAGAAUGCGGCGGUGAUGCUGAACGGAGCGAAACCGAAGCUGCAGAAGAAGUACGGCGUUAGUAUUUCCGCCGCCGCUGUUGAUCUCGCCGUUCGCGGCCUUAAACCCUUCGCUUCCGAACUAUACCCCGAGGAUGGACCUCCACAAAAAUGUGUCCGAAUCCUGGAGGAUGCAUGCAAGUUGGUGCAAACAAAAUUCGGAAAUUUCGGUGACGAGAUUGAGUUCAAUGAGAAAGUAUACGAGCUGGGCCGAAGCGUUGUCGAACUAAUUGAAUUAUACAGGGAUAACAGCUUCGAUAGCCGAUUUUGGGUGGAUCGGUUGAGGUCGGAACGUGAUUCCGCUUCGAUUCACAUGAAUGACUUUAUAACCAGAUGGGACUUCAUCAGAAGUCCUCUCUUCGGUGAUACAAGUACUGAAAAUUUUCGAUCUUUAAGGGACCAUGCCGCUUCUUUUAACUGGACAGAAACAAAUCUUAAUGAAGUGGUUGGAGCGGUCGAUCAGUUUCUUGUCGAUACACGACGAAGCCAAGUUCUUCGUUUCAAGUCUCUCUUGACAGUCGAGGCUUGUCAUGUUGCCGAGGUAAUAAGCAGGCUGACUGAUGUCCCGCUUACUCAGAUUAUCCCAUCCAAUAUUAACAAUCACAAGAAAAAAGCCAUUGAAAUGACGAACAAGAGGGUUGUGAAUCAAGAACGCGUGGUUAAUGAAAUUUUUGAAAUUUUAGCCUCGAAGAAGCCGAUAGUUACGAAGCGCCCUAGGGGUUCGUUUCUCCUUGUGGGCCCCACUGGAGUUGGUAAAAGGGAGAUUGCAAAGGCCGUUGCGCUUCAUUGGUAUUGUGAUGCAAGCAGGCUUGUAGAGAUAGAUAUGUCGGAAUACACAGAGCCUCCAAUGAAAUCAUCACCAACUUAUGAUUUAUCUGAGUCGUGGUCAAAGAGCAAACAUCAGCAUCUGAGGAAUCGUCUUAACGAAGUUGUGGCAAAUCGCCCUUAUUCGGUUAUUCUUCUAGACAAAAUCGAUAAGGCUUCCUUCGAUACUGUAACGAGGGUUCUCCUUCCUAUUUUGAGUGAUGGUAGUGCAGAAAGUGUUGACUUCUCUAAGUGUAUUAUUUUCAUGACUUCAAGUGUGGGAUCCGAUCAACUUGUAUCAUCUUGUGCAUGCUAUAAUCGGGAUGAAGUUCGUUGGAAACGAUUUUGUAGUAAUCCCCUAGAAUUUUAUAAGAACCAUGAUUGUACCUUCAAGGACAGCGAUCGUGCAAGAGUUCUCAUCGAGGCGACAAAAAUCAUCGGUGCUGAUUUGCUACUUUCACUUGAUAAAAUUCUUGUCGUGGGGAUGUUCCACAAUAAGAUGGCUGUUGCAAGGCUGUUGCUCCGGGAAAUUAUUAGAGAGAAUUAUGGAGAAAGUUUGGUCGUACAUGCCUCUAAUGCUGCACUCGAUUUGUUAUUUCUCAGGGCACGGAAACAGCGUCUUGGAGUAGGUGGAAAGGCGAUCAAACAAGCACUGAUUAAGUAUGUUAUUUCACCGUUAUCAGCCGCAAACCUUCUUAGUAAUGUUUUUGUAUGCGUCGACACAUUUGUCGGGACAUCGAAACUAUCAUUUAGAGCUCAACCACAUGGACGCAGCGCGGCUGAUUUGUACUUCAAGUUCAAAGCUGGAACAUUUGACAUAUUUAUUGCCGAUUUAAAGAUGAAGAUGGAAGCAGUGAACAAGAUAUUUCACUUGCGGAGUGAAUUCUUUGACUUAUCAGAAUCUGGUCAAAGUUUAUCUCCGCUGAAGGAGUUAACAUUAGAAACAUGCGAUCGGCUAUUAAGUUGCUUCAUGUCUCCUACGCCACAGCUAGUAUGUGUAGAUAAAGAGGUAGCGCCAUACGAUCUUCCUUCAGUUGAAGAGAAGCUCAAAUUCAAAUCUAUUUACAGAUCAUUAAAAAGAAAAAAAACUAGUAUUGCCAAAGCCACCAGUACUAUAGUAGAUGUUCUUGUGGAGAUGAGUGACAGUUCAUUUGAUUUUUCGAAUUCGCCACGUCGAAAUUAUAUGUUUGAAGGUCUGAACCAAAAGGCUAAAACAAAGCUGAUUGGAUGCCUAAGCGAAUCACUGGGCGACUCGUUUUUCACGUAUAUCAAAUUAGACGAGAACUACCAAGGUGGUAAGGAAGGGAAGAAGUCUCUUAUUGGUAAAGUGAAGGAUAAUCCAUGCAUGGUUGUGUUGAUCGAUGGAGUCGAAUUUGCUGAUGUCAGUUUUUAUAAGGGUUUGCUGAAGAUCUUCGAUAAAGGUAUUUUGGACAAUGUUGAUUUCCGGAGAAGUAUUAUCAUACUCACAUCGGAGAUGGGCAAUAAACGUAGAAUUGCUGCUGCAUUUUUUAAAGAUAGAAGUAUUUCUAUUGUGAAUCAGGGUGUGAAAAUAACAAGAUUUAGGACUGAGUUGUUAUACCGGUUGGAUGGAAUAAUGUUUUUCGAUCCGGUUAAACCUGAAAACGGAGGCAUUCAUUGCGUGCACGGCAAUAGCUACAUGAAAAAUUCCCAAAUGCCGUUAUCUACGUUUCUUUGUCGGUUGUUUGAAGCACGAUUUUCCCGUAGCCCUUUACUUCCCUUUUAUAUUUAGAGACUUUCAGGGUUGUUAAAUUUGUAUAUUUAUAUGUCUAUUUUGUUUCGAUGCUACACUCGAUUAUAUUCACCGGGUGUCUCCCCUACUUCUGUAAUUAUUUUCAUACUUAGAAUAUGCUGAUUACUGGUGUUAUUCUAAAUAUUAAUUAAUAUUAAUUAGAAAUUGAGCUUAUGUCUUAUUACCAUCUCAAUAAUAUUGUAUUGAGGUAAUAAUAUUUUGUUUACAUUGAGAAGUUGAUUCAGUUUACUCAAAAAAAAAAAGUUGAUUCAGUUAUUAAUGAUAACUCUUUACUUUAUAUCCUCAAUUUCGACUGUGUGUUUAUUAUUGUGGCGAAAAAAAGAAUUACAUAGUAAUUACUAAUUGAAUUAGUUAUUAAAUUAACCAAAUAAUUA